AAGAAAGUUGUCAGGAGGAGGGUGGGGGAGGUGAUCAGUCCUCCAGUACAAAGGGUGAGAGUCGUGCGACCCGAGAUCAGUGCGACCAUCGCCGUGUGUCCGGGGAAAUUCUUCAUCGAUCCCCCCAACAAUCGUCUGUGUGUGUGUGGGGUCCAUUGUAUCACCGACAGGAAACCUUCCUCCUCCUCCCCCCACCAUCUGUAGCCGCUGAGACAUGGUGGACCACCUUGCCUAUACGGAGAUCAACACUCAGCGAAUAGGGGCCGUAGAGGCAUGUUUUGGUGCAGCUGGCCAACCUCUUGCCAUCCCAGGAAGAGUCCUUGUGGGUGAAGGAAUACUGACCAAAGAAUGCCGGAAAAAACCCAAGCCAAGGAUCUUCUUCCUCUUCAACGACAUUCUGGUGUACGGAACUAUCGUCAUAAACAAAGUCAAGUACAGCUGCCAACACAUAAUCCCUCUGGAAGACGUGACCACCGAUUUACUUCCCGACAGCGAAGACAUGAGGAACCGUUGGAUGCUAAAAACAUCUAAAAAGUCCUUUGUGGUUAGCGCUGCUUCUUUCACCGAAAGACAAGAGUGGAUCAGUCACAUCAAAGAGUGUUCCAGCCGGUUGAUGGAGAAGACCGGGAGACGACCGUCCUUGAAGCAUGCAGCUCCGUGGAUACCGGACAGAGCCACCGACAUCUGUAUGCGUUGUACUCAAACCAAGUUCACCGCCAUAACUCGUAGACACCACUGCCGCAAUUGUGGCUUUGUUGUUUGUCAGGACUGCUCGAGAAAUAAGUUUGUCAUACCGGCGUUGUCCUCCAAGGCCUUAAGAGUUUGUAACCUCUGCCACAGAAAACUAAUGUCUGAAAAGUUGGCGGAAGAAGAAGAACGAAAAAGAAGGGCACUUGAGUUGGAACGAGAGAUCCCAGGGUUUGAUCCUUCAAGUGAAGACGACAGCGAGAACGAUGAAGAAAAGACCAAUGACUUUCCUUCAAAUGAGGACUUUUACUCUUCAUCGUGGUCGGCCUUUCAUGCCUGAUUGGAAUUUAUAAUAUUUAUUACAGACUUGCACCAAUACUAGAACCUAAGAACCCAAGGGGCUCAUGCAAAAUAACAAGGAGUGUGUUGCUUAACUCCCUUGAACAUUGUGAAGGCUGUGAGACGCAACAAGUACCUCUAUUUUAGAUGGUGGCCUCGGAUAUCUAUCUCCUUGGGUUUGUUCUUAAAGUAGAACUGUGGCCAGGAUGUUGACAUUUUUUAUAUUUACAUAUACUUUAUGACCUUUGUGCAAACCCUCACUGAUCUCUAUAGCUGUAGGCACUGUGCAUAAUUGCAGGUUUUCAGGAGCCCAGUUCAUUUGGCUACCCCUCUCUCUGCAGUGACUUGACUUUGUAGCCAGUGAGGCUUCUAAUCUCUAAUGUAAAAACACAUAGGUAGAUUCACAAAGAGUUAGGCCGGCUUAUCUACAGAUAAGCCGACCUAACUCUGAAUCUAAG